UAAUCAUGCUGUUAUAACACAAAAAAUACUGUGAGGGGUAUGGCCCACUGAGAUAACUUAAAAUGUGAGAGUGACUUGGCCAACACCACCCAUUCACCUUCAUGGCUGAGUGAAACUAUGAAGACAAGUCCCAUACUCUUUUCAUGACAACUCACAGUGUUUAGCUUUAUAGAAUUGUCACUACUGGGUAUGUACAUACUUGCUUUAUAUAUUCUCACCAGAAUUUUUAGCAAACUGCUUUUGUAUUUCCUUUCCCACAGCCCUUUGAGCUAUUUCACAGAGCUUGAAAGAAUCCCUCCAGAGCAUGACAUUACACACCUGUGUAUACACUUGGGAGUGACUGCACAGAAUUAGAGCACAAGAAGAACUCUGCUGGAUCCGACUUGUCUUUCUGACUUCUGAUGUACAUCCUGCUUCAAAAAAAAUGUCCUCUCCUGGGCCUGCAAAAGCUGCAGGAAGGGCAUGCCUGGAGGCCAAGUACUACAGCCCCCUCUGAUGAAAUGCUGCUGUUUCCUGUUACACCAAGAAUAACUGGAAAGAAAAUAGGACAGCCUUAAGAUGAAUAUCAAUUUCAAAGCCCAACCUGAGCCUCAGCUGAACCCGUAUGAGAAAACAACUUACUUUGUUAGCAGACACUCUCCACAUCCUAAGACAGUGUGCCACAUUAAAGGGUUAAAUGAUGCACCAGUCUGUGUUGUAAAAGACCGAGGAUUCAAUGAAGGACACUUCAUCUUACCAAGCUCAGCAUUCAAUCAGUUAUAUAGGCGCACAGGAACAGCUGGUAAUACUUCUCUUCCUAGCACUACUCUGCCUAGCCUGGGGCAAAACCUACCCAAGCUGAAAACUGAACAGCUAAAUGAAAUCUCAAGAAGAUUAACAAACACCCCACUGUUAAAGAAAAAGGAUGACCCUGUGAGGAGAUAUCUAACAGAACAUCCACAGAGUAGGACCAUCCAGGACCACCAUCUUUCAUCUGGCCAAGCAAUGCGAUACAGACCAGAAAUCACAGAGAAUAUUAAUUAUGCUCCAACCUACUUGGAAAAUGAAAUAAAAGUACUUGAAAAGCUUCGUGAUAUUUUACAGACAGACUCCCUUGCAGAGAUUCAAAAUUGGUUAGCAAGAGCAAGUAUAAGAGAGAAAGAGUUUGUGUCUAACUUCAUACGCUCUGAUGUGACCAGCCGUGAUCUGCUGAAUUAUCAGCAAAAGGUACAGACGGAAAAUGAAGCAAAGAAUCUGAAUUUGCAGACUCUGCUGAAGUCUCGAAAGGGAAUUCAGAAAACACCACCAGAUGAAAGCAACCAGAUCAGGCCUGUAAGUCAAGCAUCAACAGCUAGUAAAAGAUCAAGAGUAGGAAAGGACAGAAAUCGUUCACUCUCAAGAGAGAAAAUCAAAAUCCCAACUUCAGAUAAUCUACCAUUAGAGAAUUCUCACACCAGAAAUGGAACUCAUGAAAGCCUAGCACAGGCUCCUGCAUCAUCACAAACCAGCACUCAUUUGCUGUAUAGGAAGUCUCGCUCCAAGCGGCACUACCUUCAUUGAAAGGAAGAUGCUCAGAUUUAGGACCUCUGAAAAGAAGUGUGACAUUUUCUCCAUACACAAUAUGCAUCGUAAAGUUAUCUUAACUAGGCUCACACCUUCAAGCUUCCAUUAAAAAAAAAGCUGUUACCUAAGAUGUUUUACUUAAAUGCACACACAGACUUGCAUCUGAAAUCUUAAUUGACAGUAUGCAAAAAUGGUAAACAAAUAAAAAUAUUUUUUCCUCUUAUAAAGGAGUCGAUGAUAUAUGCCCUAUUCUUGAUAUGGGGAUAAAUCAUGGACAUUUCCAUCCUUUCAGACAAAAGUAAACCAUUCCUUCAUAACAUUCAGGGUUUUGAGUAUAUUUCACAAUUAAUGCAGCAUACGUAGAUUCAGUUUUUUAAAAACUGAAAACUAAUACAUUUUUUUUAAAAAAAAUGAACAUCUACAGCAGUUAUAGGAAUCAUGCAAUAUUUUAGAUAUUGUUGGUCUGUAACUACCAUCACUGACCCUCUGAAAUUUAUAGGUUUGCUAAUACCUCAGCCAUUUCAGCGAGUUUAACAUAGGUUUUUAAAGUUCAGCAGAGCCAAACCAAUAGUUCUCUCACAAUUCAUCCUUUUCACUGACCAGAAAAGUACUAUUAAGAACAAUUAACUCUACUCCACCCGUAUAAAGUAUCAAGAUCUAUUUUAUUUAAAAAUGCUAUCAGUAUUCAUUCCACAAAAUGCAGCCCAGUAUAUACAAAACUAAUGGUGGACCAAUUUAUUCAUGGAAAUGAAAAACCAGCCAACAAGAAAAAUACCCUCAUACUCAAGACUGCACAGACAUCUAUAAGAAUAAAGUAAGUCUUGAUACUUCAUACUAGUGGAGUACUGUACAGUUAAUUGCUCUUAACAGUACUUUUCUGCUCUGUGAAAGGAUUGGAUUGUGAGAGAACUAUUGUUGGUAUCCAAUACUACACAGAAAUCUUUCAAGAUAUGCAUGUGCACACAUACUGCAUUAAUAGUGCAUUUCCAAAGUAAUUUAGUUAUAUUUUCGUUUCAACAAAUCUGUUUUGGCAUCCAAAGACAACCAUGCACUAAUGGAGAAAUAUUUACAUGCCUGUGAUAAGCACAAUUAUCCAUUCCUCAUUCUAGUUUCAGCUCCUCGUGUUACACAAAUAACCACACUGGAUUGUCUGCCAACUUUCAGAAGCAGCUAUGAAUACUUAAGUCCUACAGUGGAAUGGGAGUCUCAGUGCAUGUAUGGAAUAGCAUACAUGGCCCUUUAAAUACUGGGCCUGCCCAUUAAUGCUUCAAACUAAUACAUAGCACUCUGUUUGUUUAUCAUAGCAUAAUGUUAGACAAGGAAAAAUAAUGCCUAUGCCCUCUAGUUCCCCUUCCACCCAAUACCAAUGUGCACCUGCUCUUUUGCUGAUUUGAGUCCUCCACCAAAAGAAACCGAACCAAAGCAAGUAAGAGCACAGAAACAAGAGAUACCCAUGACUAUUCUGGUGAGGUGGUCACAUUUCAUUGUACUAUAAUAAAGCAAUAUGGCCCAUCUUCAGACUCUUUCCCUAGACACUAACAGCUGAGUCUGCAGUCUUCAGGAUCCUCUCUGUCUGGGAGUACUGUAAAGAUUCACAUACACUAAUUUAAACAGUUAUACAUCCAUGUCAAACGCUUCAUAAAGUGCCCAGACUGCAACCUAAUCUUCCUGGGCACAUAUUUAUACAACUUACUCUAGGGAACUAUUAAACUUGUCUUUAGAGAUUUGGCUAGUCAUUAAUAUGAAAAGCCCUCUGUGCAAUGUAGAAUAACCACAAUGUUAUGGGAGUUGUACAUGACCAACUAUUCCUUAAAAAGGCAGGCAACAUGAUAGCAUAGAGAAUGAAAUCCAUUUCUACAAAUGUAGCUGUAUUAUUUAAAAAAACAAAAACAAACUAGAGACCAUGGUUUAGUACUCACCCAAUGCUAAAACAGCAAGACGUAGAGCCAUUUCUGUCAUUUACGAUGUGUCUAAGCCACUUGGAAGGAAAGGUGUGCUUAUUUGCAAUGCCAAGGGUAUUCUUUUACUGCAAAUAAGUGCAAACUGAAUGAAGUUGGGCAACUUGAAUUAACAUCCAUACUAUAAGGAAGAUUUGUACAAGCUUUGGUUGAGAGACCAAUGAAACACAGAAUGAGAGCACUUGGGCUCAAAUCUGUAACAGAACUGAAGACGUGACUGCAGAUUAAAGGUGAGCAAUUGUGGCCCUCCAAAUGUCAAAUGGACUAUAACACUUAUCACCCUCUGCCACAGCCAUACAAGCUAGGACUAACUAGAACAACAGUACAUCUGAAGGGAUGUAAAUUGCCCAUCUCUUUUCAGACUGUGUGUUUACUAUGACAGUUGGUCACAUUAGUCAUUAUUAAAUUUAAAUUCAAUUGACUUCAGUCAGGGUCUACCAUAAACAUCAUUAAGUAUGUGAUGAAUCCCAUGUAUACCAAAUAAAGAACGCGAACAAAAAUGGA